UCUUCUCGUGUGCAGUUGGCAGAGCGCAAGAAUUACAGGACUGUUAACUGGGUCGUUGAAAAAAAAAUAGUUUCCAGUAAUGGACGGCAUCAGUGACGUUGCAGUUGGUGUAAAGAGAGGAUCAGAUGAGCUGUUGUCUAGCAACUUAUACAACAGUCCCAAUUCUGGGAUGAGUAGUAUCAGUGAUGGCACAUCCAAUGGAAGUGACAGUAAAAAAUUGAGAGUUGAAGAAAGGGUAGGAGAUGCCCCGCCAUCUCGUGUGCUCCAUAUCAGAAAACUACCCAGUGAAGUCACAGAGACAGAGAUCAUUGCUUUAGGAUUGCCAUUUGGAAAGGUCACCAAUAUCCUUACCCUGAAAGGCAAAAACCAGGCAUUCCUAGAGCUAAGUACAGAGGAAGCAGCCAUUACCAUGGUGAACUACUACUCGGCUGUUACACCACAUAUCCGAAAUGUUCCUGUCUUUAUACAAUAUUCCAAUCACAAGGAGCUCAAAACCGACAAUGCAAAUCAGUCAGGUGGAACGCCCACGUCCGGCUCCAGUGACGGUACAGUCACAUCGCCCUCCAGUCCAGUCUUGAGGAUCAUCAUUGACAACAUGUUCUACCCUGUUACGCUAGAUGUACUGCAACAGAUCUUCUCAAAGUUUGGCACAGUCAUGAAAAUCAUCACAUUCACAAAGAACAAUCAGUUUCAGGCCUUGCUACAGUACAAUGAUGCAACUAGCGCCCAGCAAGCCAAAGUGGCACUUGAUGGUCAGAACAUAUAUAAUGCCUGCUGUACUCUCCGGAUAGACUACUCCAAACUUGUCAACCUGAAUGUGAAGUACAAUAACGAUAAGAGCAGGGAUUACACCAGACCAGAGCUGCCUGCAGGUGAUGGGCAGCCUGCUGUAGAUCCCUCUGUGGCAGCAGCCUUUAGCAAGGACUCGAACUCCCUGCUCGGUAAGAUACCAGGGGCACUGAGCCCGCUGAGUGCGGCGGCUGCAGCCGCGGCAGCAGCAGGGAGGGUAGCUCUGUCCGGACACUCGGGCGCCAGCGGCGUGCUCCUGGUCAGCAAUCUCAACGAGGAGAUGGUUACGCCCCAAAGUCUGUUUACCCUCUUCGGGGUGUAUGGCGAUGUGCAGCGUGUGAAGAUCCUCUAUAACAAAAAAGACAGUGCAUUGAUACAGAUGGCUGAUAUGAAUCAAGCCCAGCUUGCAAUGAGUCAUCUUAACGGACAGAAGAUGUAUUCAAAGAUCAUCCGUGUGACCAUGUCCAAACAUCAGACGGUUCAGCUACCUAGGGAUGGUUUGGAUGAUCAGGGCCUCACCAAGGAUUUUACCAACUCUCCUCUACAUCGUUUCAAAAAGCCUGGCUCCAAGAACUUCCAGAACAUCUUUCCUCCUUCUGCCACCCUUCAUCUGUCAAACAUCCCACAAGACAUAACUGAAGAUGACCUCAGAGUACUGUUCACCAACUCCGGAGGCACUGUGAAAGCUUUCAAGUUUUUCCAAGAUCGUAAAAUGGCUCUGCUCCAGAUGUCUACAGUUGAAGAGGCUAUUCAGUGUCUGAUCGAUCUCCACAACUAUAACAUGGGAGACAACCAUCAUCUGAGGGUCUCCUUCUCCAAAUCAACAAUUUAAAAAAAGCUGAGACAUCUUGAUCUCUUAUAUUUUCUAGCGUUACCUGUUGACUGUUUUGGUGCACUGGGGACCAUAGUUUGACACUUUUUUUUCCCUUUUGUUUUACCAGUCAUUCCUUGAGAAAAUGUGGGUGAAAAAAUGAAAUGGAAUUUAUCUGGAGGGAGAAAAAAAGAUGAUGUUUUACCCUGUUUCCCAGUGUCCCUGAUGUAUGGUUCCAAGUCAUGUACCUUCCCCAGUUCUUCACUAGAGGAGGUUGGUACCUCUUUUUAGUAAAAUUAGUUAAUAAAGAAUGUGCCUUACUCAGCAAACUAGCAUAAACAUUUUCACCACGAUAUGUUUUUCAUACACCCAAAAAUUCAGUCACAUGGGGACAUAGGCUUCUUUGUUGUGAAGGUGUAAAGUUUUGUAAAAUCAGCAGUUUUUGCUUUUUUUCUCCCAUGAGUGAAUUGUACAGUGUGCGAAUCCUGCCUCAGAAUUCAAGCCCACGUUUGCUUGCUUUUUGUGCUCAUUUGUCUGUUUUGUUUUAUGCUCAUUUGAUUUGUUAAGGUUCAGGAGCUUGGUGAAAUAUCCAGUGAAAUGUACAUAAGACAAUUCUAGUGAUUAAUUAUGAAGCUUACUGUUCAACACAAGCUUUAAUACUGGUCUGGAUUUCCCAAGUGAUUUUUAAAAGCAUUUAUUUUAAUGUACUACCUUUUCUUUUGAGCAUCUGUGUUGCAGGGUCUUUUCUUUUUUUUUUGUUGUUGUUUUGUGGACUUGCACAAAAUUGUUUUCUGCAUGUGCUAACUGGUCUAGUUAGUUUUGAGAAUAUUGAGAAUCCUUGUUCAGGUAACAGCUGUUGCAUGCAUUAGUAAAGGCUGACAAAUGUGAUCCUGACAUUUUGACAUGAGUGGUGCAGAGAAGCAGGACAACCUGGUGGGACCAAAGUUUGUGCCUUUAGUCUUAAUUUACUGAACACCAGUUUUUAGGAGAUUCUGGUUUUGUAUUUCCCAAAAGCAGAACCCACAGACAACCUAAUGCUUGACCCACUUAAAAAGGAAGAAAAUUCUGACGGUUAUAAAGAAAUAAUAGCCCACUUUCACCCAUUUGCUUCCAGAACCUCAUGGGGUGCAUUUCUCACAUGAAUGGACUGUACAUUUUGAGAUGGUGGUAAAGAAGUUAUGUAUAAUUCUUUUUUUUUUUUUUUUUUUUUUUUUUUUUUUUUAAUACUUGUUUAGAAAUGUAAUAUUCAGUAUAGUUUGGACAUGGCACAAUUAAAAGAUCAUUUUUUCUAACAAAGUGGGAAGGAUUGACUUGGUUGUUUGUUUCUCUCUCUCUCUCUCUCUCUCUCUCUCUCUCUCUCUCUCUCCCCUGUACUUUGCUUUUCUUCUGUGGCAUGCUCAAUAAAUACUUCUGUAGCUCUAUUCAUCAUCUUUCUGUCUCUCUCUCUCCUUCUCCCUCACUUCUGUCUGUCUUUUUCCUGCCCCUCUUUAGUGACGUGCUUUCCCUUAGGUUGGAAAAUUAUGAAACCUUUUCUGGAAUUAAAAUAAUCCAAUAGGGUCAGGAGAGAUUGUUUGACAUGCUGUGUGGAGCUUCAAUAUGUUUGCACCCUGUAAAUUGACUUUGUUCAUUUUUUCAGCAUCUUUAGUCUUGUUUAUAUAGUUGGUGAUCAGUGUCACAGAUCCAAGUUAAUUUCUGCCUGUCCAUCUUCUCACUCAUGGGUUUUUUGUUUGUUUGUUUUCUUUUUGGUUUUUUUGUUUUAUUUUGUUUUUUCUCCAAAAUCUCUGGGCUGAUGAUGCCCAAUGAGAGAGCUGUCAUUUCAUUCGUUGGAUCACACUGGAUUUUUUUUCCACAGCAGCAUUUAGGCGCUAAAGGUGACGUUAAAUGAUUGUCAUCAAUGCAAAAAAUGACUCUCAUUCCAUGUUUUGGAUACAAAACCUGAGGUUGAUUUGAAUGUUUAAACCUGCAUGAACAGCAGACCAGUCAAGUUGCACGUUAAUUCCUCCACUUUUAUUGGCAAGUUCUGUCUCGGAAGAUGCUUUGAGAAGGUCUGCCAGACGUCCUGUAUUAAUAGAAAUGGUUGGGGGUAUCUCCUAGCAUGUCAUGGACUGGGGCAUUUGCUCUCCUUGAUUACAAUACAUUUGUAUACAGUAGCUUAGUAAUGAACAGAAUAAUUGGCCCUCUAGACUUGAUGUAGCCAUAGUGUUUGUGUAGCAGAAAUUACUAAAUGUUUCAAGUUACA